AUGUUUUAAAACUGCAAAUUCUGCCGAAAAUAGAUAGAGGAUUAUAAACUAACACUACACCAAAUGUAUUGCGAAAAAAACUGCAUUAGAUGUGAUAGAUGUGGGCAAUUCUACGAUAAAAAUGAAUAAGAAUUGCAUGAUAUAGAAUUUCAUUAACUCUAAUGGUGCUAAGUUUGCAAAACAAAAGUUUAAGACCCUAGAAAACAUAUAUGUAGUAAUAGAUAAACUAAGUGUGAUUAUUGUUCACUUUAAUUGCCUCAUAUUGACUAUUAAGAUCAUGAGAAAACCUGCGGCAGUAGAACAUUACGUUGUAAUCAUUGUUCACAAUAUGUAAUGAUGAGAGAUAUAUAAUAUCAUCUACAAAUCUGCCAUGCAAUUAGGCCUAAACAAGAGGAUCAGAGAUAAAAAAAUAUCACAAUUCAAGAAAUGAAUAAUCCUUAAUUUAAUUAGAGUUCAAAUUAUAGUCAAGGUUAAGCUCUGCCAUACUAAGAUCCAUAGUAAAUGUAUUAAUAAAGUAUUGGCUUGAAACCUAGUUUACACUACUCAGAAAUUUAAGAUGAUUAAUAUUAGGCUUACAAACUAUCUAUGGAGUAUAUGGAAAUGCAGAGGCUCUUACGGGAUUCUAAGAAUAAUUCAGUGCUGCCUUAAGGAACUAAUACAUCUUAGACUUAAAGCUAAGAGUAUUCCUAAUAUGAAAUGGAAUAAAAAUUAAAUGCACUAUAAAACCAACAAUUACAAUAAUAAUUAUAAUAGAAUUAGAAUAAUUAGAAUAAAAAUUUAAAUAGAAUGGACAAUUAAGGAAGGACAUUCUAAUAGGUUUAAAAUUCAUCAGGAAAAGAUUUCUAAUCAUAUUUUACUAAAGAUUAAUAUAUCAAUGACAACACAUUAAUGGGUAAUCCAAAAAUGGAUUAAGGUCUCAAAAAUCAAAUGUAAGUUAAUUAAAAUAAGUAAACACAACCAUAAUAGAUGAAAUAGGAGAAUGAAAAAAAAAAAAUUUUCGAAGAUAGAAAUUCUUAAAGUAAGGAUGCUAAAAAUUCUAUUAAUGAUAUUGAUAAUGGUGAAAGUAUAAUAGGCAGAAUAUUGCUGGAGUCUAUUUAAGCUGAUUAAUUACAAAUGAGUUAUGCACAAUAUAAGUAACAUUAAAAACUGUAGAAAGAAAUAGAGUCUAGAAGAUAGGAACAACCAAAACCUAAUAUUCCCAAUUAAAAUCAAGCAUCCCACAAUGAUGAAGAGUUUUAUUAUUUGUCUGAUUAGGAAAGAAUCUAAUAAAGAUUGCUAAUGGAAUAAAUUUAAAAUAAAAGGUAUUGA